AUGAUAUUUCAAAUUUAUUUAGAGAUUUCAUUCCAAACAGUUGAAGAUGAAAAUAUAUUCAAUGCUUUGAACCUUUGCAAUUUAAAAAAAUUAAAAAUCAACUCAACUUCAUUUCAAAACUCUAGUAUAUUUCAAUCACUUAAUUCCCUCACAAUUGUUCAUCCAAUAAAUGAAAAUAUCUUAAAACAAAAUUUUCUAAUUCAAUUUCAAAAUUUAAAGAAAAUAAAAUUUCACCCUUCAUUUAACCAAAUUUUAAAACAACAAUCAAAAAACAACAAUAACAAUAAUAAUAAUAACAAUAAUCCAAAUAAUAAUAAUAAUAAUAAUAAUAAUAAUAAUAAUAAUAAUAAUAAAAAUAAUAAUAAUAAUAAUAAAAAUAAUAGUUAUUAUAUUGAAAUACCAAAUUCAAUAACUAGUAUUCAAUUUUAUGAAUUUUCAAUAUCAUUAGAAUCAUUAAUAGGAUUACCACCAAAUUUAACAAAGUUAAUAAUUAAAAAAACAAAAGAUUAUUUAGAUAGCCAAUACUUUUAUGAAAGUAAAAUUAAAACUCUAGAACUAGGUGGUGAAUUUAAUAGUGAAAUAAAGAAAUUCUAUUUACCAAAAGAUUUGGUAAAUUUAAAAUUGAGUGAUUCAUUUAAUCAACCCAUUUCAAAUGAUUCAUUACCAAGUUCAUUAAAAACUUUAGAGAUUGGUGAUUUAUUUAAUCAAAAAAUUAAAAAAUUACCAAAUGGAUUGGAAUCAUUAAUAUUGGGAAAUUCAUUUAAUCAAACAUUUCAAAUUGGAUCAUUACCAGAGAGUUUAAAAGAAUUGGUACUUAGUCCAUUUUAUAAUAAACCAAUUAAAACUGAACUUUUUAACAAUUUGAAAUCAUUAAUUAAAUUAACAUUUAGUUCACCAACUCAUACAAAAGGUUCAAUUCUUAGUAGUGGUGGUGGUGGCGGUAGUGGUGGUAGUGGUGGUGGUAGUGGUACAUUUAAUUAUCCUCCAAAUUUAGAAGAACUUUAUUUUUCAAAUACUGAUGACAAUUUAAGUGAAGGUAGUUUAAGAUCAUUCUUCUUUCCAAAUAAAAUUAAUAAUUUACCACCAAUUGAAACUUGUAAUACUUUGAAAAAGAUAUCACUUUGUUUAUUAAGAACUUAUUCACCAAUUCCAAAAUCAGUUAAAGUAUUAGCACUAUAUGAACUAAGUUUUAAAAUGUUUAAUAAAAACCUUGGUUUACCACCGAGUCAAAAGGAGAAAAUUAAAUUCGAUAUACCAAAACAUAUUGAAACUUUAAUCUUUCUAUCAUUAAAUUUUCAAAUUCAUAGUGAUAGUUUAAGAAUUUCAAACCUUUGUUAUCUAGAAUUUGGUAGUUUUUUUAAUUGUCCACUUCCAGAAUCUGAAUAUUCUUAUCCUCCAUCACUAACUUCAAUCAUUUUACCAUGGGAUUAUAGUUGUAAAAUCAAUUAUUUACCAAAGAAUUUAAAAGAAUUUUAUUUCAGUAAAGAUCCAAUACCAUUGAAACAAUCAUUAAGAAUUGAAUAUGCCUCUUCUUCGUCAUCUCAAAUUUCCUAUAGGUAUUCAUUUGAAAAUAUUUUACCCCCAUCAUUACAAGUUUUAUAUUUACCAUGGUUUCAUAAAUUUUCAAUUGAAUCAAAUCAAUUACCACAAUCAAUUACUAAAUUAAGAAUUUCUUCAAAUUUUCAAAAUCAAACAAUUACUUUUAAUAAUUUACCAACAAAUAUUAAAUCAUUAAUUAUUACUGGUAAUCCAACAAUUAUUAAUUUACCAUCAACUUUAAAUUCUUUAAUAAUUUAUAAUUCAAAUUCAAAUUUUAUAAAUCAAUUAUUUAAUCAAUCAUUUCAAAAUGAAAAUGAAAAUGAAAAUGAAAAUAAUUUAACAACAAUUGGUAAUAGUCUUUUAUUAAAUAAUAUUUUAGAAAUUCAUUCAGAUGAAACUAUAAUUUUAAAAUAA